CUUCCAUUUUUUUUAAUUUUUUCGAUACUCACGGCAAAUUCGUCACCGAUCUAGUGUUGUGCGACCGAGUUAAUGGAAGGAGUGGGAGUUCGAUUCGGUCGAUCCUCCACUCGGUACGGACCGACUACUGUGUUCACGGGGCCGGUAAGGAGAUGGAAGAAGAAAUGGGUUCACGUUUCGCCAUCUAACGGCGGAGGUCACACCACCUCCACCAAUAAUAAUCAUUCUCAAAAUCACCAUAGCAGCAAUGGUACGUCUAACGGUAAUAACGGUAAGCAUCUCGUCCUUUUUAAAUGGACCCCAAUAUCCCAAAGCCAAAAUGACAACAACGCAAACAAUUCCUCCAACGACGAUGCCGCGGCGCCGCCCGAGGAGCCUCCCAGGCGGAAAUUUAAAUACAUUCCGAUUGCUGUGUUGGAGGAGCAGGAAAGGGAAGCUGCUGAAAACGAUUCUGCAGACAAUGUUGACGAUGAAGCUAAACCAAGUGAGACUGAUCCCAGUGUAGCUGAGCCAACUUCCGGGAAUGACGGUUUUGAUGAAAAACCCGACAUUAAUGACGUUCCAAUGGAUGAAAAUGAGCAGGACAAUAAAGUAGUACGACAAGAUCUGAACGAAAGCACAUUGGAUUUGAGUUUAGGUUUGACAGCUCAUGACGGAGAGUCUGUAUCGAAACCAAAUCGCCACGGAUAGCUGGAAAGAGAAAUGAAGUAUACUUGGAUGUGAGUCAUGCAUGCCGUUUCAGCUAAUAUAUUGACAAAGUUGAUGAAUUAGACAUUGGCUCAAUCAAUUAUGACAUUCAUCUUAGGGAUUCAAUUUUCCAUUCGGCCUUUCUUAUCUACCAUUCCAGUUGGUCGGUCGUCGUUCAAGCUAAAUGCAUUGAAAUGGCUUAUCUUUGUACUUUUAGUUUCUUUCAUUUGAUACUCCAUUGAUUGAUAAGCAGAUCACAAUUUGUAUUGAUGAAGAACAGAACAGGCUAUUGUUUUGUUGGACA